AUGUCGAUGUCCGCGGCGCGCGUCGGCGUGGGCGCUACUGAUGCGCACGCGCAGGUUCAGUUUCAGGACGAUGCUUGCGUCGUCCUCCUCGCGGCCGCCGCCAUGGCCGCCCCCGGCGCAGGCCAGCGCCACAAGCGCGGCUACCUCUCCGGCUCGUCUCUGGGCCACGGCCACGGCUACGCGCCCGCCGUCUCCUACAGCCUGCACGAGCCGAUCCACACCCUGAGCAUCGUUCCGCAGCGCAAGAUCGUGUCCUACGAUAAGAUAGUGCAUGAGCCUAAGGUUGUGACCGUAAAGAAAAUAAUAUCUGUCCCGAAGGUGGUGACCGUGCCCAGGGUGGUCUCCGUCUCCAAAAUCGUGGAGGAGCCCCGCAUCUCCUACAGCAGCAUCGGAUCCCACAGCAGCUUUGGAUCCUACGGGAGCAUCGGAUCCCACGGCAGCAUCGGAUCCGGGAGCAUCGGAUCCAUCGGAUCCCACGGUAGCAUCGGAUCCAUCGGAUCCCACGGCAGCAUCGGAUCCCACGGCUGGUGGUGA